CAAUGGACAGACUCACCAUGUGCCACGUACAGCUUAGAACAAGCUAGAAGCUAGUACCACUCACCCAACUACUCCAGCUAGUGGGCAGUACGUAGAUGCAUGUAUCCAUCCCUGCUCUCACCCACAUCUUCAUCACAUAUUCCCCCCCAAAUUAACGUCUUGUCGAUGCCGAAUUGCCGAUCGAGCUAUAUAUAUAUAAAUGCAGGGAAACGGAGCUUGGCCUCUUGAGUCCUCCAGCUCGUCAACUCAGUCUUGUGCUCUCGUCCACACUGCACUCGAGAGAAUUGAUUGAAAUAUAAGAGACCAUGGCGCCGGCGGUGAAGCUGUACCAGCUGCUGACGGGAAGGAAGAAGAGGAGCAUCAGCAGCAGCAGCCGGCCGUCUUCGUCGUCCCCUGCGCCGGUGGCGGGGGUGAAUGUGCCGCGGGGCCAUUUCGCGGUGUACGUGGGCGAGCGGCGGACGCGGUUCGUGGUGCCGACGGCGUGCCUGCGGCGGCCGGCGUUCGUGCUGCUGCUGCGGGGCGUCGAGGAGGAGUUCGGUUUCGGGCACCGCGCCGGCGGGCUCGCCUUUCCCUCCUGCUCCGAGAAGGACUUCGCCUCCAUCGUCGCCGCCUGCUAGCUUUGCUUACUAAACUUAGCUGCUCCUCCGCGCACCGACGACGACGACGACGACGACGAGUCCUCCAUGGAUUAGCUUGGUUAGCGAAUUGCAUGCAGUUAGCUCAUCCGAAGCUGCCGGUCGAGCCGUGGGCUGAUACGAUUAUUAGUACGGAGUAGUAGAUUGUUUUUAGGACAGAUUAAUUAAGUUUCUUUUGUCUGAACCAGUAUAAUUUGGUUUUGCUGACGAUCUAUGUAACCAGAUUUAACUGUCGCAUGUGUUCGGAUCAAUCUGUGGUUUCCUUGUACCAGUGUGUCUGGUCUCCCGGAAGUUUUUUCUUUUUUCCGUUUGUCAGGGGGCAGAGCUCCAGAUUUCCUCUGUCUAAAUCGAUGUCGCGGAACUUCAGUCA